AUGUUCAAGUACGCAAUAAUUUUGACAGCAGUGAGCUGCAUUUUAAGUGCAACCGUGCCUGAGGGCGUAAUGCCCCAACUAGAUGGCCGCAUCGUAGGUGGCAAGGACACCACUAUUAGUGCAUAUCCUUGGCAGAUUUCGCUGCAACGUAAUAACUACCACAGUUGUGGCGGAUCGGUCAUAUCUUCUCUAUAUGUCGUCACCGCUGCUCAUUGCCUGCAAGAUGUGCCUGUUGCAUGGCUGAAGGUACGCGCUGGUUCCACCAAUUCGGAUAGCGGUGGUUCGCUAAUUCCCGUUAAGAGCUACAAAAUUCACGAGAAAUAUAGCCGAACAACAUUGGCCAACGAUAUUGGCAUUAUUCGCUUGGAGACAGCCCUAACACUUGGCCCAACAAUCAAGGCAAUUCAGUUGGCUUCGGAGGCACCAGAACAUAAUGCUCCAGCUGUCGUCUCGGGCUGGGGCACAUUGGCGUAUACGAAUGGCACCACUCCCAAAAUCCUGCAGUGUGUGGACGUAAAAAUGAUCAGCACUGCGACAUGUGCACAAUCUGAUUACGGCAGCUUGAUUUUGCCGAGCAUGAUCUGUGCAAGCGAUGUCGGUAAGGAUGCCUGCCUCGGCGACUCCGGGGGACCUUUGGUAUCUGGUGGCAAGCUCGUUGGCAUUGUAUCGUGGGGUUAUGGCUGCGCUGAGCCCAACUAUCCAGGUGUUUACACUAAUGUUGCGGCCUUGUGGGACUGGGUUAGUUCAGCAACCAAUGCAACAAGGAUAACAAAACGCUAA